CGCGUCACAUUGAGGAACUGUCGUGGCCGAUCGUGUAAAUGGCUGUGCGUCGGCCAUGAUGGCUUUGAACAGGGACCGUGUCACGCAAACAUGUUUUCAAAGUGAUAUAUCUCGUUUGGUGACUGAGUGACCGUGUUCCAGCGCGAUGGCCGGGCGACGAUGAGGCCCUGAGCGCUCGCCGUGCCGGGUGAUACGGCCGCAGGGCCCCAGACAGGCCCAGAAAGACUUACGCCCAGAAGUCCCAGGCCCGUGCCGACCCGACAGGCCUCUCGGCUCGACACCAACCAUCUCGGUUGUCAACACGCGAGUCAGCAACCCUCAGGAUGAGCAAGCUGUCGUUCAGGGCCCGGGCCCUGGAUGCCUCGAAGCCGAUGCCCAUCUACAUGGCCGAGGAACUGCCGGAUCUUCCGGACUACUCGGCCAUUAACCGCGCGGUGCCCCAAAUGCCCAGCGGCAUGGAAAAGGAGGAGGAAUGUGAACACCACCUCCAAAGAGCAAUAUGCACGGGUCUAAUCAUUCCUACCCCUGAGGUAACGGAUUUGACAGAUGUAGAAGCUUAUGACAAGAUUUAUCCCGCCGAUUACAAGUUGCCCCGUCAACUCAUACACAUGCAACCUUUUGCUAUGGAACAAGAUAUCCCUGAUUAUGACAUGGACUCGGAGGAUGAAAAAUGGGUUGGAGUUCAAAGCCGUAAAAUGGACCUGACGCCGUUGCAAUUCGAGGAGAUGAUGGAUCGGCUUGAAAAAAGUUCUGGACAAACAGUUGUAACCCUUAACGAAGCUAAAGCACUCCUCAAGGAAGACGAUGAUCUUAUUAUCGCAGUCUUUGAUUACUGGCUCAACAAACGUCUAAAAACGCAACAUCCUUUACUACUAACGGUUAAGACCGAGCAUCGCCUGGGAUCCGCGGCGAAUAAUCCUUACCUAGCAUUCCGACGGAGAACAGAGAAGAUGCAAACGAGAAAGAAUCGUAAAAACGAUGAGACCAGCUAUGAGAAGAUGCUUAAGCUGCGUAGGGACCUAAGCCGAGCAGUGACAUUGCUGGAGCUGGUAAAGAGGCGAGAGAAGACAAAACGAGAGCACCUCCACCUAACUAUAGAAGUCUAUGAGAAGAGGUAUCAAGCGCAAGACUUCAGUGGUCAGAUCCUGGCCGAAGUUUCUGCCCUGAAAACGUCGAGACCAGCCUUCGCACCCCUUUUCACAAAUCAGUUUGGUGUUCAUCAGAACUGGGCGAACAAAGUCUGUGGCAAAGACGAGGUCAUGCCUAGGAAGGAGAAGAGACAGUAUAAGAAGCGAAAGCACAAAACGGACGGUCGUGUUGGUAGUCUUGACGACGGUGGUAUUCGCGGCGGUACGGGUAGUGGUGCAGGCCGGGGUAGCCGAGCAGUUCUUGGAGGCGGGCUGGACCCGCUGGCUAGUUCGGACGAGGACAGUCCGCUUCCAUCGCAUUCGCAUUCUCAGCCUUCACUUCCCUCGGACCGCGACGACGAGGAUACCCCGGACGAGGGCCAAUUCGCCUUCAGGCGAAACAGAACUAGCAGUUAUCUACCGCCUGUAUCAGGUGGGUUUGGCAACUGGCCUUGGUGUGACAGGAGUGAAGGCGGUAUGGCUGAUAAGAGGUACCGAUUUGCUCUCACCAGCAUUAGUAAACCAACACCGAGAUGUAUCGGUCUAGCAAGACGAAGAGUUGGUCGAGGUGGCAGGGUUAUUCUGGAUCGAUGUGUCACGGACAUGGAUGACAUGUGGUCUUCGUUGGACUUCACGAUACACGAGCCGAAACGCGACAAUGCAGAUCCAACCGCGACUGCUACAACCACUGUCAAGAAGGAAUGGUUACAUUUCCGGCCGAAAACACCACCAGCGUCGAUGCACAGUCCAAGCGAGGAGUCGAGCGACUCGGAGUCGGAAGGCGAGACGAUAUCCUCGAGACCGGAUCCAGUUCCAUAUCCGUUCCCACCGGAAGCAACGUCGAUCUGCGUUGAUGUAGAACUUGAUCGUCCAGGCGACGAACCUCCAUUUACAACCGAAUUUAACAUCUCGGAUUACUUCUCAGUGGACGCACUGUCGGACUUCGAAUUGGCAGUGGCCGGUGGUAGUGGCAGUGUUAUCAAUAGUGCGUGCUUAAGUGUGCCGUCGGACAAUAGCUCGAGCGAUUCGCGGACAGACGAGCUCGGCAGCUCACGAUUCGCCCUAACCUCCUUGGCCGGCAGUUCGUUAGGGCAGCCACCGGUGGUGACACAGCAGAUCCGGCCUCAGUGCAGUGGAAGUGGUAGCAGUGGUAGCAGUGUACAUACUUCCUCGACUUGUUCUACUUCUACCUCGGACCCAUCCUCAUCCUCGUCCUCCGUCUCGUGCACGACCAAUCAGUCCACAACCUCCACUACCGUAUCGACACAGUGUACAUCCAUCGAGGCCCAAUCCAAUCAUCAAACUAGACAACAACAACAACAACAACAACAUAGACAAUUGGCUAUUAACAGUGCCACAUCCUUACUCUCGAAGACGCUGACUAGUCCAACGAAUAAUCGCAGCGCUACAAUCGGUAGUGGAAACGGCGGUGGUAACAGUGCUGCUGGUGCCACCAGUAGCGCUACUACCACAACAGUCAGAGUGUUUAGCACAUCUGGGACUGUUAUGACUUUUGGCAAUGGACAUCAGAACGGUCCAGUACCAUCUUCGCCUCAUUUACAUAAUUCAAACAACAUACCGAACAGCACGAGCCACGUGGUGAACAACCAAUCCACUUUACUUUUACCCCAGAAGCAUCCGCCGUCCAAUUUGAUACCCGGGAUAAUUUCGCACAGCAAACUCGCCAGUCUGGCUAGACAGCAGCAGCAACAACAGCAUCAACAACAGCAGCAACUGCAGCAACAACAAAGUCAGGGCCAGCAAAUCCCAUCUACUGGGGAAAUUACGCUUAAUAGUAAUAGUGAAGGAUUGGACAUGGAGGUGGACAGUGUCGAAGGUUCACCCUGCGAUGGUAAGCCUCAGCAGCAGCAACUCGUCAGGGCGAAUAAAACUAAUUCACUCGCGAUGGAAGUGACAUGAUGCCUGCUGUCGGCACCCCCAUUGCCGUUGCCAUUGCGUCACUGGGGGCUUCGCUAAUUAUUUUUUACCUUACCGGAAAAUACGAGUCCCACCUUGUUGAAUUCACGGUGUACGACCUCUGGUUUCUACGAGAGAGACUGCUUGCAUACGAUUUCUAGGCGGAAUCUUCGUGCCGCCGUCACGUCCGAGAUACAUUUUUUGAAAAGCCACACUAAAAAAUACUAAAAAUACAGAGACGGACAGGACAAACAGAGAAACAGAUACCGCACAGUCGGCCGUGUCGCUAUUAUCAGAGCGUUUGGGAUUACCUAUAGGAUUUUUUUCAACCUUCGAUAUUCUCAGCCAUAUAUUAUUUCUCUUUUUUCUUUUUUUUUUUUUCAAAAUAAGAAAAUUGUUGCAAGAAGGAUAAGCUUCGCAGACCACGAGUGGAUAAGUGUAUAUGGAUCGAUUAAACGUUUUGACGAGGAUACAGACAAGAAAUUACGAAAACGAUGGAAGGAGAAAAAGAAAAGAGACAUGGGAGAAACUCCAGAAAUAGUUGGAGCGGAAAUGGGUAACGUGCUCUUAAUAUAUAUUUUACAGAAUUAUGUUGGCAGCGCUGAGUCGUGUGGACUUUUUCUUUUUAUUUCAUCUAAUCUCACUCGCCCUCUACUCUGAACGUUUUUGCGACUCGUUGAAUUACUCAGUCAGAAUUUUAUUUCUUCUCCGCAAUCUGAACAAAGUUAGAUUUCAGAACUCUGUUUAGUCAUUGAAACAAGAAAUAUUUGCAAUUAUUAAUACACGAAUCAGUGAUAAUAGUUAUGAGUUUAUUUUAAUCUUUUCCUCUUUGUUUUUUCGUGAAUCAUGCAAUACAAAAGACUAAUUUCAAUUUACUCAUUGACGGUGCCUGGUUGGUACGAUAUGGUGUCUGAUGAUUUUUUUGUCAGGACUUAUAGAACUAGAAAAAUGAUGUGAAACGGAUAGCGAAAAACGAGUGAGAAAGAAAGAAUACAAAACUGUAAUUGGUAUAUUACCGGAUAUAUUUGGCGACGCCUUCUGUCUUUCACGUUAAUUGCUACAAAACGGAAUGUUUUGUAAAAAGAGGAAGAAAAUGAGAAAAACGAGGGUAACGAGAAUGAGGCGAAAAGAUGGAAGUAACGCUUUACAAAGUUAGAAUAAUAUUUAUUGUAAAACGAAAUGACAGCGACGAGAGGGAUAAACAAAAAUGUUAUUUGAUUAUCGAAGGGAGGGAUCUUCUCUUUGUUUUUCGACAUUAUCAUCUUCGUCAUCUUCAUUUUGAAAUAUGAUAUGAAAUCUGUACAAUAUGGCAAAUCUGCGCGAUGCCUUUGAGUAUAAUUUUUAAACAGUCAUUUGGUAACCUUAUUUUAUUUUUUUUUAAUUCUUAAAUUGGUUCUCUCAUUCUUUUUGUUGUGCAAAUUUUUAAGUAUUCCAUGUAAUUAGUAAUUUUGUCCAAACAUUUUUUUUUGGAUAAAGCAAAAAAUCAAGUUACAGUCGGAUGUCAAUGAAGUAUCGAUACAUCGAAAUGUAUUGUGACUCACAUGAAAAAGAAAAUUGCAAAAUUUCUAUAACAGUUUCUAAGGAAAUUUAGGGAGUCUCUUCGAUCUUUAUUGUGUAAUACGCAAUAGAGUUUUCUUUUUCAUUAAAUUAUACAAAAACAUCUUUUAUGGUGCAUUAAAUUUAUCGUACGUUCUAAGGUAGUAAUUAUGUAAUAUUAUCUCCCUUACACUUUUUUUUACAAAAAAAAUAUUAAAGAUGGUCAAGACAGCAAUUUGAUUAAUCCUCGGUUUUUAGAGAUGCAUCUUGCAAUAUAUAUUAAAUAUAUUAGAUCCACGUACAGGCCGGCGUCAAAUUCAAAUCUGUUUUUAAACAAUAUACAAUGAGAGAUUUCUCCCUUCAUUUGUCAUGCUAUGAAGAAAAAAAAAAAAUUGAUAAAGAAAUUUCUACGUUGGACUCAAGGAGUACAGGCUUUUUACGAAGUAAAUCGAUGACGUUAAGAAAUCUAAGUGUACACAUGGUUUAUUCAUAUUAAAGAAAGAUCUUAGCGUACUAUAUCUAAUCCAUAGGCAGUAUGCUCCUCUUGUACGUAACAAAUGCGCGUUGUAGCUAAACGAAAAGCCUAUUCAAAUUCUGAAGUAAAAAAAAGAAUGGAAGAAAGAAAAAAGUAUAAAAAGGAAUAAAAAGAAAAAAAACACGAAGCAUAUGCCGAAUAUGAAAGUACGAGUCAUUUUGAGUUUUGGAUAUUAAUAGAAUCGAAGUGAAACUCUCUGUAGCUUUACUAUGUAGUCUUCGUUUCUCUCAUGCACACUGUAAGCCGUCUAUCCUUCUUCUGUCUCUGUCGAUUCCUGUCUCAAUACUUCCUCGUCAUUUGCUGAAACACUCUGUACAGUUUCUUUCAUAGUUUUCAAAUUAUCAACACUGAUCACGUUCAUUCCUCUUUUUUUUUAAUUUCUCCAUCUGCAAUCAUGAGAUUCCUAUUAGAAGUGAUAUAGAAUACUAGUUUCUCAGGAUAAUAUUCACUUCUUUUGUGUCUCCAUAUCCAUUUGUAUAUGACUGGACUUUUUUCUCUUCUAUUUCCUCUUCCAUCUGAUUCAUUGUUUCCCCUUGUACAAUGAAACGCUAUGGCUCGUCAGUGCUUCUUUUAUUUGUUUUCUUCUUCCUCUUCGCCUUGUUCUGUUUAGCCUUUUUUUAAGAGUACUGUCUUGGUCCUUGUCGCGAAUAACAUUUUACUUUACUCUGGAUUUUAAAUCACACUGGGAUGGGUUCUGCAUUUCUCUUCUACUCGUGUGAAGUAUUAUAUUCGAUGGCAGGAAACUUUUUUCAUACCAGUCGUGUAAGAGAGUAAAAGGGCGUAAUGUUGUGAUGAGAAAUUGCAUGAUGCUGGGGAAACACGAUUAUUAUAAUUUGGUGUACUUUGCGGUGCGGAAUGCGUUAUGCGAAGCUAGGGAGAAUUAAAUAAGCGUAAACGAGAAGAAAAAGGGAGGAAGAAGCAGCAAGGAAGUCUUUUCAAGAUCAUAAUACGAUGAUAACAAAAAAAAGAUAAUCUGUAAAUAUAAAAAUAAUUACGCUUACUGUAUCUCUUACUUUUAGGUGAUUAAUUCAAAUAAAUGUAAUUAAUGUUGUUGUGGUAGGCGCACAGCGAUGUGUAAGAAAAAAAGUAUGAAUAAUUCGAAACAAUUUUAGAAGGAGUAAUAAAGAAAUUUUAUCCUGGA